ACGGAUGUGUUUCCUGCUAUAUUGGCAAAUGGGAAAAAUGAAAGGCAAAAUGGCAACAAGGUUGCUAGGCCAGCCUCAGAAAAAAGGGAGGGAAAGGGAGCCCAGAGCGGCCGCCGGCCAGCCCAGGAUGAUGAUGUGCCCCGGCCUAUCCGGCCCCGCCCAUGGCCCAUCGUCUCUUCUCCCUAUCUUACCGGCCGGCCGGCGGCGGCUAAUCGGCAAUUCGGCCUUGCCUCACCUCGUCGCAGUCCAGGUCCAGUCCGCCCGCCCCCGCCCCCGCCGCCGGAGUCUCAGAGUAAACCCUACCGGACCUAUCGUGGCGCGACUGCGGGAGCUGCUCUCUCGCUCCGUCCCUCUUCUCAAGCGGCCAAGCCCGCUGCCCGCCCAUGGAGACCUCGCUGCGCCUGCGCAGUGGCGGCGGCCUCCGCAUCCACGCCAAGGAGAAGCUGCCCCUCGGCCACAGCUCGCUGCUGCAGGCUCAUGCGGAGCUCGACCUCCACACAAGCCCCGCCGGAGUUACUGCCCCGAGUUACCUCGCUCUCUUUGUCAGGCACUUCUACCCCCAGCUAUCAGCCAACCUCGGAGCUGGCGUCCAGUUGCACAACGGCGAUGACCUCACCUACAGCCUUCGCGCCAAGAAGGCCGUCCUCUUCAGACCAGACAAUGGCUUUCUAGGCCUAAACCUCAAAGGACGCCUACUUAUCGACAAAGAGUUCAAGCCGACAAAGACAUCUGGAGCCGUUGAAUUGGCCUGGACCAUACUUGACUUCAAACAGGGCCAAGAUGUAAGGCUCAAAGUUGGCUACGAAUUGGAUGACAAGGUGCCUUAUUUCCAGCUUAGAGAAAACAGUUGGACGCUGAAUGCUUAUAUGGAUGGGAAAUGGGAUGUUAGAUUUGAAAUGUGAUGAGAAUCCACUUUUCAGUAGCAUUAUUAUUUCUUAAGCUACCAAUUCUGUACUGCACUGGAGACUGUUGAUACCAUUAAUCCAUUUUUAUGCAAACCUGAAACUAUCCAGUGGCUUUUCAUCAUGUACUGUAUGUAGUACAGAACCAGAAACUAUUCAUCUGGUUUGGAAGCGUACGUUGGCUCACUGCAUCAGCUUUGGUAGUCUGUACUAUAAUAGUAUACUAUAUUGUCGGGCUUAAUAAUGUAUUCAUGCGCCCGCGCGAAAGACAGUGGAAGAGGAACCCUUUGUUGGGUGUGGUGUGGUGGUGGCAUCUCUAGUGCCUGAAGAAGACUGAAAACUGAAAAGGCCUGAGUGAGUGUGUGGUAGGCUAGUUUUUUUUUUUUUGAACAAAAGCCAAAAUUUAUUAUUAGCAGCAGGAGGCUGCAAUAUUUGGGACUGAGUCCCAAUGUAAAUUACAUAGCGCCUCUUUUAGAGGGCAGAUGUUUACAUGUGCUGCAUUGUUACAUGAGUGCACAAAA